AUGGGAGACGUCUGCUACAAGUUCGUCCGGCUCCGGAACAGCUUCUGCGGAGCCCAGGCCUGGUGCCAGGCCAAUGGCGGGCGCCUGGCGCACCCCUGGAACCCAGAGACGCAGGCCCUCCUGAGCCACUGCCUGGCGGAAGGGGAGAAGUGGUGGGUCGGCCUGCGAGAGCAUCCAGGUGAAAAGAACCCAGGCUUCUCUGUUACCCCCUCCCCUGCCGGGUGCAGUUACAUCAUCAGGGACUCAGGCGCCAUCAGGUCCAGGAGGGACACGUGUGCGCAGGAGCUAUAUUUCAUCUGCCAGUUCGAUCCCUCCCCUGAGAGGGACUCGCACGCCGCUCACCAGACUGGGGAGAGCAAGAAAGAAACCUCACAGGAGGACACCAAGCCAGCCACGGGGACCAGCACAGACACCAGACCGGCCACGGGGACCGGCACAGCCACCAGACUGGCCGCGGGAACCGGCACAGACAUCAGGCCCGCCGCAGGAACAGCCACCACCAUGCAGGACCCUAACCUGGACCCAUUUACAGUGAACCCUGGGACUUUGCUCCAGGAAGCCUCUUCGGAGAGGGCCGUUCAGAGAGAGGCCAGUGAGUCACUCCUAUAUCUGAGCACUCAGCUCCUGCAGGCACCACUCCUCAGCAACAGCAGUGGCUCCGACACCAGCACAUCCGCCGCCACCUCGCUCUUCCAGUCCUUCAGCCACCUCCUGACGGCCAUGGACAGCAGCACGCCCACGUCGCACUGGGCCCGGAACCAGCUGACGGAGGCGCUGGAGAACACCAUGGCUGCGCUCACGGCGAUACAGACGGUGCUCUGGGAGGGCAGCUGUGCUGUGGAGUCGUCUGUAACAGUGACCUCUCCCGUGGCCAGCAUGAUGCUAAGCAGCCGCAACGCCUCCACUUUGCCCCGGAGCUCGUACCACCUGGCUCAGCCAGUGCCUCUGACGCUGGCCUUCCCGUCAGCCUCUGCCUGGGGAGUGCUGCUGAGCAAACACCCCCGCGUGCAGGUCCGGGUAACAGUCCUGGCAGUCAACCCCUUCAAGCACCUGGACGGGAAGGAGAUCAGGAGCGUUGGGAACAUCUUCCUCACCGCCAACAAGGACUCUAUCGAGGUGCAGGACUUACCCGAGGACAUUGAGAUCCGGCUGUGGAGAGACGAGCGCGCAGAGACGUCCCCCACUAGGCUCAACGUCAGCACAGAGGAGUUUGUGGUCGAGGUGAACGUCACAUCCAUGGAAGACACCUUGAUCGUCCGUGUGCUGCCCGACGUUCCCCUGCCCAUCGAGCUCUACCUGGGCUACCAGCACCCGCCCAACAGCACCCACGCUCUCCUCAACACCACCCUGCCCACAGGCCACGGGCAGCACCCUGGUGACAACUACACUUGGGUGCUGCCCCCAGCAAUGCUGCAGCUUGGCCCAGGCCCCUACCACAUAAAGGCCGUGGUAAGGCAGAGCCCGGAGCAAGAGCUGCCAAGCCACGUGACAUACACGAUCACCACUGUCGCCACGCAGUGCCACUUCUGGGACCACCACAGGAAGGCCUGGAGACAGGAUGGCUGCCAGGUGGGACCUCAGAGCACAGUCAGCAGCGUCCAGUGCCUGUGCAACCACCUCAGCGUCUUUGGCAGCUCCUUCUUCACGGUGCCCAGGACGGUGGACAUUCAGGACACAGGCAAGCUCCUCUGCAAGGUGGCCAGCAACCCAAUUGGGGUGGCCUUGCUGGCCAGCCUGCUGGUGCUCCAUGGUGUUGUUGGCGUGUGGGCAUGGAGGAGAGACCAGGUGGAUGUCAGAAAGGUGAAGGUCACGAUCCUGGCAGACAGCGACCCCGGGGCUCACGUCCGGUAUGUGGUCCAGGUCUUCACUGGAUACCGCAGGGGAGCAGACACAACAGCGAAGGUCGUGCUCACACUGUACGGGACAGAGGGACGGAGCGAGCCGCACUGCCUGCGGGACCCCCACAAGCCCGUGUUUGAACGCGGUGGGCUGGACGUCUUCCUUGUUACCACCCGCAGCUCCCUGGGGGAGCUGCACAACAUCAGGCUUUGGCAUGACAAUUCUGGCUCCAGCCCCUCCUGGUACGUCAGGCAGGUGGUGGUCAGUGACGUGACAGCCAGGAGGAAGUGGCAUUUCCUCUGCAGCACCUGGCUGGCUGCGGACCUGGGCGACUGCCAGCUCGAUCAGGUCUUCCCAGCAGCCUCCAGGAGCGAGCUGCUCUCCUCCAGGCAUCUGUUCUGCUCGGCGCUUGUGGAGAAGGUGACACACGACCACCUGUGGCUGUCGGUGCUGACCCACUGCCCCUGGAACCCCUUCACACGGCUCCAGCGCCUGGCCUGCUGCCUGACACUCCUGCUUUGCACCAUGGUCAUCAACAUCAUGUUCUGGAGAGACCCGCCGGAGGCUGGCAACCAGGCGGCCCUGCAGCCAGGGCGCGUCCUGCUCACCUGGCAGGAGCUUGUUACCAGCGUGCAGACCGCGCUCAUCCUGCUCCCUAUAAACCUGGUUGUCGGGCACAUCUUCCAGCUGGUCCCGCCGCAAGAACUGCCGCUGCCCCCCACAGGCGUCCGGCUCCCGCGGGCCUCUGCACCCCCCCGGGGGCCGUCCCCCCUCACACGCAUCACGCAGGAGCUGAAGGCGACGGUGGGGUUUCUGUCCAGGACCAAGGUCUGCCUGGAGCCCGAGGUUCUGCCCCAGGAGAUGGACAGCGUCCCUGAGCUCGUGCAUAGCCUCUGCUGCCUUGUUGGCUCUCACCUCCGGAGGUCCAGCCACAGGGGCGUGGAGCCAGCAGAGCCCUGCCUGGCUAACGACAGUCAUCACCAUCUCAGCAGCCACCUGCGCCAUGUGCUGGGGCCUGUGCAGGCCCAGCUCCGAGCUCUGGACCUGAACAAGCUCUGCAAUCCUCACGACUACCUCCAAGCGGCUGGCCGGCUCCAGAGCCUGCUGGAGCAGCUGGAGCAGCCAGGCCGGCGGCCGGAGCCUGGACCGGCCAGGGGCGGGAGGAGCUUCCCCAUCUCGGAGCCCCGGGUGCAGAAGGCCACCAUCCCCUGCCGGCCCCCCCGAGAGGCUGCGUUCAUCUGCUGGGUCACCGUGGCUGCCGCCAGCCUGGCCUCAGCCUACUUCACCGUCCUGCUCAGCCUGAAGCUGGACAGGCAGAGAGCCACCAGCUGGGUCAUCUCCAUGCUGCUCUCUCUCCUCCAGAACAUCUUCAUAAUGCAGCCACUGAAGGUGGCCGGGCUCACCCUGCUCUUCUCACUGGUGCUGAAGAAGAUGCUCUGGCAGGACAAGGGGAAGGAGCAACAGCUACAGAGGAUCCUGGCUCUCCUGGCCAGGUGCCCCUACUUGGAGCUGCCUGGGACAAGAGACUGGAAUGACCCUGUCUACCACCCCCCGUGCCCAAGACCAGCGCCCCCUCGAAGGGGGAGGACCUGGAAGAAGAAGAAGCUGUACACACAGCUGGGAGAGAUCAUAACUCCUAAGGACGGCCCUGCCUGGGCAGGCUCCGAGCGGCCAUCCUCUGUCUGCCCGGCAGCACAACUCGUUCUCCUGGCCUCCCUGAUGGUCGUGUGCUACACGGAGCGCAGCCCCCACGAGCUGUACUUCAACGAGGCCAUUCGCAAGAGCAUCACACCCAACUUCUACCACAUCCGCGGCCUGGGGGACUUCUAUCGCUGGGCCCACGGCACGCUCCUGCCCAGCCUCGACGGGCCACGCCCAGGGUUCAUCUCAGACGGAAACGCCCUCCUCCUCGGCAGCGUGCGGCUGCGGCAGCUCCGGCCCCAGCCCCAGCACCAGCUCUGCUCCUGCCGCCAGCAGGACGCAGGGGGCCAUGGGCCUGGCUGGGGUCCCCCUGGCCAGAGCAGGGGGGCACAGGAUAGCAUCUGGGUGAACCACGGCGCAGAGAGCCUGGGGGAACACCCCGUGUGGGGGCAGCUGUCCCUCUACCCGGGAGGAGGCUACCUGGCACACCUGGGAACCAACUCCAGCCAUGCACACAGUGUCCUGCGGUACCUGGAGCGGAGCCGGUGGCUGGAUGGAUGCAGCUGCGCCAUCUUCGUGGAGUUCACAGUCUACAACGCCAAUGUGAACCUCUUAUGUGUGGUCACCCUGCUCCUGGAGACCCCCGGGACAGGUCGGUGGCCCCACCGUGAGCCAGGCCUGGCAGCUCACGCCCCAAGAGAGCCCCCGCGCCCCCAGCUCCUCCCAGCGGCGGGGUGCCUCCCUCAGCAGCCAGGGCGGCCACAGUGGGAGGGCAGGGCAAAUGCCCGACGGCAGAGGGGCCAGUGGGCACAGCUAGUAGAAACAGGAGCCAGCCCCUGCCGGCACUGUCCUGCCCCAGGGGCCCCGAGCAGGGCCCAGCUCCCCCUGUCCAGUGCCUUCCUCCCCUCUGCGGAGCUGCAGAGCAUCCGGCUCUACAGCAGCAGCGGCUUGACCCAGCUGACCUGCGCGCAAGUCACCUACCUCCUGCUGCUGCUCUUCUACCUCUGGGUGCAGGGGCGGCGGCUGAAGCAGCAGAAGUGGAGAUACUUCAGGAGCCAGAGAAACGUGCUGGACAUAAGCAUCAUUCUCAUCAGCCUUGCAGCAUUUGGGGUGUACAUCAAGUGCCGUCUCCUGCAGAAGAGUGUGAUGGAGAAAUAUCACCAGGACCGCAGCCGGUUUGUCAGUUUCUACGAGGCAGCGCAAGUGGCCUCUGCUCUCACCUACCUACUGGCCUUCCUGGUCGCCCUGGCCACGGGGAAGUUGUGGAACCUGCUGCGCCUCAGCCCCAGAAUGCAGCUGAUCAGCGGCACGCUGCGCCGAGCCUGGCAGGAGGUGCUGGGCUUCCUGCUGGUGCUGCUGCUGCUGCUGGUGGGCUACUCCAUGGCUUGUAACCUCCUGUUUGGCUGGAGCAUCGUGAACUACAAGACUUUCUUCAGCUCGUCUGUGACCAUUGUUGGGCUCCUGAUCGGGAUCUUUAACUAUGACACGGUUAUCAACUUAGACCCAGUCUUGGGGUCCUUGCUGAUCACCACCAGUGUCAUAUCCAUGCUGUACGUGGUCAUUAACCUGUUUGUCUCUGGCCUGCUGACGACCUUCAGCGAGGAGCGAGCGUCUGCCAGGGCAAACAAGGAUGAGUCCAUGAUGGAAGGGAUGCUCCUAAAGCUCUGGGGCCUGUUCGGAAUUAAGCAGCAGGCCCUGCAGCUGACCGGGCUGGCUGGAGCGGCCGAGAAGGCUGGACCUGUCUGAAGCAGGAGCCCACAGCUGUUGUUUCCAUCCCCCAGAGAUGUGUUUCUGCUACAUAACUUCAGCUGUUGUCUUGAUUAAUCGUUUGCCCCCCCUGCGCAUGGCCCGGGGGAGCAAUGAAGGAGCGGGACAGUUAUAUUUCCAAUAAAUAGUGUAAAAGUUAC